AUGACAGCAGAAGAGAUGCGAAAGCAACAAGAGAUGGACCUUCUCUUAUCAGAAGCAAUGAAUACGCUGACGUUUGAAGAAAGGCAAGAACAGCAAGAAGUUCUGCAUGGCGUGGAACAAGAAAUAGCUGAGGAAUGCAUCAUCAUUGAAACUGCACUGAAGGAAUUAGACAACCACCUGAUACGGAUCAAACAUGGAACUGUGUAUGAGAAGGCAGAAACCAUGAAUCCUGAAUAUGUCCAUGCCAGAGCCUUCCGAAUCAUGUUUCUGAGAGGGAAUCGUUAUGAUACAAAGGCUUCCGCUGAUCAAAUGCUAAAAUUCUUCGCACAGAAAGAGAAGUUAUUCGGAACGGAAAAGUUGGUGCAGGAUAUUACGCUUGAAGAUUUUGAUGAAGACGACAUGGCAGUGAUGAACGCAGGAUCCAUUCAGUUGGCGGGGAGGGAUAGGUCGAACAGGCAGAUCGUUUUUGCCUCUCCAGGCUUAAGGUUGAAGGGAAAGCCUUUACGAAGCGAGCUGCGGACUCGGUAUUACAUGUGCAUGAGCGGGUUGGAGUCGCAAGAAACUCAACUCAAGGGCGCAGUCAAUGUUGCGUACGCUGUUGGCGCAUACAAGGAUAAGAACGAAGGAGGGGGGUAUCUGGAGCACACAUACCUUGCUAUGUCAUUACCAAUACAUUGGGCCUCCAACCAUUUUGUUUGCUCAGAUAUUUCUCAGCAUUUAGUAGGCUCGGUGGCCGUGGCAGCGAUGCCGGCAAAGCUAAGAUCACGCUUUCGCAUUCAUCUAGGCUCGCAUUUGGAAUGUUUGUAUUUGCUUUCCACUUAUGGGAUCUUGCCACAGCUCCUUCCGUUUUCAUCUAAUAGCGACGAAAUCACCUUCGCAUCGCACUUACAUUGGGUACAAUUGCGGGUUGCCAGCUCCAACAGCGCAGAACAAUUCAAGUCGAACGAAACCAUGACAUCAUCUACAAGCAUCAAUGAUGUUCUGUAUAUUGGAGGAAAGAAGAGCAACAACGCUGGAAACCAACGUCUUCGAGUCCUGGUAAAGGAGCUUGCCCAAGUCUACGAUACUGGAACGAACGAAAAGAAGCGCACAGUAGUCGAUGCCAUGAUCAACCAAGUUACCAAAAAUGGAGGACGCUUCCUCAAGCAGGUGAAAGACUCGAAUGCUCAAUGGGAAAUAUUGUCGUUGGACGACUCUAGGGCCAAAAUCACGCAAGCAUUUCGCAAUCAUCGCCGCCGACCAGAUGAAUCCAAGAAGGGUGGUACUUCCUUCAUUCAAGACGAUCCAAUGCCAGAUGAUGUCAUCUUUGGAAAGUCACAACGGAGUCGAGGGAAUGAUCUGUUGACUCAUCUAAUCAAAAACCGAGCAGAGGAGUACGAUUCUUUAGAUCGUGGAAUGAAGGUGAAAGUAGUGGAUGCUAUCGUUCAUCGGAUCAAAAGUGAGGGUGGUAGAUUCCUCCAACCGACCCCAGAAUUUGGUGGAUGGCUGGAAGUUUCCAACGAGAUGGCUCGCUCCAGAAUAUCAAAGUACUUUCGAAACAAUAGACGGCCAUCCACUAAAAAAAAUAACGCCUAA